AUGAAUGUAAUUGAAAAGAGUGCUAUUGGGCGGACCAUCCUUUAUGCUGAUGCAGAUGCAGUUACUUAUAUAUUAGACAUCAUCGAGUAUUUAGUUGGACAAGAAGCUGAUGCAAAUGUUGAGAACACUGAGGGACAGACAGUUUUAGACUUUGCUGUUGCUCGAUGUGAUCUUGGCAUUGUCAAGUAUUUAGUGGAAAAAGGUGCUGACAUUUUUCCUGAAAGUAUAUUUGGCGUUCACUGUCGCCCCAUCGACAUCGUAAAGAUGGCUGUCGUUCAAAAUUCUGCUGUCUUGCUCAAUCUUUUGUUGCGACAGAACUUCGAUAUUACAAGUUUUGGAACAAUUCUUGUUGAAGGAAAACAAAUGAGUCUUCUGGAAUGGAGCAUUCACCAAGGUCAUCAUGACAUCACAACUAUUCUUAAAAUGUCUGUAAAGCAUCGUGACAAAAUUCAGACGUUAAAAGCGAUAAACUCCAACCAGUUAGAUAAGAGUGGAAUACCAUUGCACGCUUUCGUCGCAAAUAAUGAAUUGAAAGUUGGUGAAGGUUCUAGUGGUUCGUGCGUCUAUGUUGGCCUUAUGCAGGAUGGAAGCGAAGUUGCUGUUAAGAGAGUGUUGGUCCAAAGUGAAGAUAAAACAGCUGAAAACGAAAAGAAGAUCGUGAGCCUCAUUAGCGCUAGGGACUGUCCAUAUAUAUUGGGCUAUCGGCACUUUUACCGCGACGAAACCUUUAUGUAUCUUAUUGCUGAUCUCUGUGAGGAGAGUUUGAGGGAGGUUAUUAAUUUUCGCAGUGUUGAACAUCUGCAACAACACGGACCACGAAUGAUUAAGGAAAUUCUCUCCGGGCUUGAGUAUCUUCAUGGUAUAAAAAUCUUACAUAGAGAUCUAAAACCAGCAAACAUUCUGGUCGACAUCACUGGACACAUGAAAUUGGCGGAUUUUGGCAUAAGCCGGGUACUAAAAGAAGACGAAUCGACAGUCAAAACGGCUCCUAAAGGUACUUCGGGAUGGAUGCCCGCAGAAGUUAUUCUAGCAUUGGAUAGAAACGAAGAGGGUUCUUUCAAAAGGAAAUCGGAUAUCCAAGUUGCCGGUAUGAUUGCUUUCUCCAUCUUAACUAAGGGUGAACACCCUUUUGGUUCUUCGUUGGAACGAAUGAAAAAUAUUUCGGAAGGGAACUCAGUCAACUUGGGGAAACUUCGUAAUCGCAAAGCUCGAAAGUUUGUGUCAUGGUUGAUUAAACAUAAGAUUAAUGAUAGACCUUAUGCUCACGAGGCUCUGAAGGACUCGUUCGUCAAUACAGACGGAUGCGAUUCGAAAUAUCGAUGA